AGAACAAGAAGGAAACACCCGCAAUCUAAAGCACAACCCAACCUGCAGUAAUGGGUACUAGAAGCUGCCACUUCGUGUUAUUCUCCUUGUGUCUUUUCUAUGGUUCAGGUUUAGGAACAGCAAAUAUAUUAACGAAUAACAAAAACCAGGAAAUAUUCUCAUCAUCGGAAUUGGGCACUCAAUUGGAUGAUGUUCCUAUCGUCAAUCCCACAAAUCCAGACACAGGAAAUCCGUAUAUGGGAAACCCUACAAAUCCUCAACCACCUGACAUGUCAGGACAAAACCCCACAACCCCAAACACAAAUCCAACCACUCCAAACACAAACCCAACCACACCAACCACAACCCCCACAACACCAACCACGACUACUCCUACAUCAUCAGGUGGCCAAUGGUGUGUCGCUAACCAAGGAGCUUCGGACACUGCUCUACAGGUUGCUCUUGACUAUGCUUGUGGAUAUGGAGGUGCAGACUGCUCAGCAAUACAACCAGGAGCAAGCUGUUAUAACCCCAACACUGUCCGUGAUCAUGCUUCCUAUGCAUUCAACGACUACUACCAGAAGAAUCCAGUACCUACUAGUUGUGUAUUCGGAGGGACGGCAUCGCUUACAAGCAAUGAUCCAAGUAAUGGGAAUUGCAAAUUCGGGUCACCCAAGGCAACAAGCAUUAGUCCACCACCACCAAUAUUUGUCAGUCCACCAAGUCCACCAACUCCAAUGCCUCCUACUCAACCAGGCUUGACAGUUCCUGGUGGUGACGGAACAACUGUCUUUGGUUCAGAACCAACAGGAAGCCCCAACACUGCCACAUCUGCCUUUUAUUCCCUGCCGCUGUUGCUCACAUGUGGCUUGUUGGCUUCCCUUCAAAUAGCAAAUUAAAUCUAGAUGAUGAAC